AUUGGCUGUUUAGCCUAUAGUCUAACGCUCCUUAGCGACUAGCUAACGGAGCUAGCUAGUAGAAGGUGCCAGUUACGACGCGUUGCGAACACUCAGGCAAAACUAAAAACAGUCAUGCCUCGUGUCUACAUAGGACGGCUAAGUUAUCAUGUCCGAGAAAAAGACAUCCAGCGAUUUUUCAGCGGAUAUGGAAAGCUGAUGGAAAUUGAUUUAAAAAACGGAUAUGGAUUUGUGGAGUUUGAAGAUAAUCGGGAUGCUGACGAUGCCGUAUACGAGCUGAACGGGAAGGAGUUGUGCGGGGAACGAGUGAUUGUCGAGCAUGCCCGGGGCCCGCGACGAGACCGAGAUGGCAACGGUGGGGGUUACUGGGGUGGUGGGCGCAGUAGUGGUUAUAGCAGUAGGAGUCGCACUGGAAGGGACAAGUAUGGACCUCCGGUUCGUACUGAGUAUCGUCUUGUUGUGGAGAAUUUGUCCAGCCGCUGUAGUUGGCAGGACCUCAAGGAUUUCAUGCGUCAAGCAGGAGAAGUGACCUACGCAGAUGCCCACAAGGAACGCACCAAUGAGGGCGUAAUUGAGUUCAGGACCUACUCUGACAUGAAGAGGGCUAUGGACAAGCUAGAUGGUACAGACAUCAAUGGGCGCAAGAUACGUCUAGUGGAGGAUAGACCUCGCAAGCGAAGGUCUUAUUCUGGCAGCCGCUCCAGAUCUCGCAGCCACCGUCGCUCUCGCAGCAGGAGCCGCAGGAGCUCAAGGAGUCGUUCUAGAUCGCGUUCCAGGUCUCGUUCCCGAAGUGAAAAGAGACGCCAUCAUUCCCGCUCAAGGUCUGGAAGGAAGUCUCGCUCCAAGUCAGGAGAAAGGAAGUCACGCUCUCGUAAAAGCGGAUCCCGCUCUCGAUCUCGCAAGUCCAAAUCUCGUUCUCGCUCUCGCUCUCGUUCUGCAGACCGGAAAUCAAAGUCCCGCUCAAAGAGCCGUUCUAAAGUAAAGUCUGAACGAGAUUCUCGUAGUAGAUCAAAGGAGAUGCCCGGUGAGAAGAAGUCUCGCAGUCGUUCAGCUUCUCCUGUCGAGAAUGGAAAAGAAGAGCGUGCUGCCAAAUCUGCCUCCCGGUCCCCAUCCCCACAGGAAGCUGAUCGUCGAUCAAAGUCACCAGAGAAGCGCUCGGCUUCCCGCUCCAAAUCACGCUCAAAGUCCCGCUCAAGAUCUCGCUCACGGUCCAGAUCAGCCUCUCAGGAUUAGAAGACGGUGGAGAGGAAAGGUGUUUUUCUUAUUGUUGAGGUUGAUUAUCAUGCUGUAUAUAGUGAGCAGUAUUAUAAUAACUGGCCUAUGCUUUCUGACUUCUAUUUUUCUCCUUCAGGCAUGCACACAUCUCUUAGCAUUUCACAGAUUGAUGUACAUUGCUAGAGAGUUUUUCUUGCAAUUUGUGCAGAAAUAUCCCCCAAAUAAUAACAAAUUGACAUGUUGGAGCUGCUUAACAUGCUUUCAGCAGUCCAGUUUCAGUUUUCUGUUCAGCCUGAUUGGUUAGCUUGGUUAGUCUGUUUUAAUUCUGAGAAAUAAGCAGUCUUGUACAAACACCAUUUUCAGGUAAUUUUGGUCAGUUUAAUACAAUUUGCCAGAAUUUUAAAUGUUCUUAGUGCACCAUUUAAAACAUUAACUACAACCAUCAAAUGUAUGUAUUCAUUUAUUUUUCUGUUUGGAGAAAAGUAGCAUUUGGCCACACAACUGGAAUAGUUUUCUCUUUGAGGCUCAGUUUCUUAAGGAAUUGGUCAGUCUGCGUUUUUCAUCAGUCUAAACUAGCAUGCAAGAGCUUAUAACCCAUAACUGCAUAUUCACACCAAAAUAAGGGUUUGUUUCAUUCUUGAAUAACUUUUUUUGUAGUUGGAUUAUAAUGAUCACCUUUUCACCUCUUGUACAGACUCUAAUCGGCACAGAAUGAUUGUUGCUUUUCCAUAUUUUGUAGCUGAUUUUCCUCAAAUUUUUUUAGUGGGGCAGUCUGAGUUGUCCUAAAAUUUGAUUUUUUUUUUUUCAGGAGUUUCAAUUUUUUCAAUGCAAUGUCUGGUUUUCUGCAGGGUUGGGUUUUAAUUUUUCUUUUGUCUUCAGCAUUUAAGGGGUUACAGGUUUUGUCAAGAUUUUGUUUAUUAGAAAGUGUGCUUCUAGUUUGAAGUUAAAGGUACACAUUCAGAGCAGGGUGAAAGAUGUGUCCUUGUGCAUUUAUAAACAGUAAACAUACUGAAUGCAACCACUCACCAUCUUGUGGAAUAAAUUCAAAUUAUACUGAUGAAUAAGAUAAUUUGGAAAAUGUUGAGUUUUUUAUGUUUAUUUUUUUGUGUACAAUAAAAUAUUUUAAAGUC